AAUUCGCAAAAUCCGUUAGUGUUUGUUUUCGUUUUCGCGGAAUCGGGCCUUUCAUCGCCUUUUCACUCUUUCGCGUCGCUGUGUUCAAUCAUUUUUAGUUGAAUUAUUAUUCUCUGUAGCUUCAAACAAAAGCAUUGCUUACAAUCUAGUGUCAUAUAGUCAGUGUAAGUGUCAGAUAGAAUGUAAACCGGCUAUCUGUGUGACGUGAUAAAGUGCCCUUUGGAUUACCACCCUCCAUCACUUAGUUCCAGUAUACCAGCUAGCAGUUUCUUCUCAGGCACAUUAUCAGGUGCCGAUUACUUUUUUGGGCGUAAAUGUCUUGUAAUCUUAGACGAUGAAAUUUUGUUGAAGGCACCUCAUCAUCGUCGUCGAGGUACCACUCGCGACCGCAAAUAAAAUGAUGCCGCCGGAAAAUGGUGUAGAUGGAUUCGAUCCUGACAGGACCGAGGUAUUGAUUAAACAAGAGUUUAUCGGAUCGGACGAACCAAGCGCAUCCUCGCAGGAUGAACCUGAUGACUGUCCGGGAAUCGCCCGGCAACUUCAUCAGGUCAGGAAAUUGGGGGAAAAGUCAGGGAAUUUGCCUUUCUUCAAAGCUGAGGCUGACGAAUUUUUAUUUGAUGAGAAAGCUGGGGUGGUAAAGCCACAUAUUGCUGACCUGGUGUCGCAACUUCCAAAAGGUGAGGAUGGUCACUCGUCUCUCGAUGAAUCUGUUGCAGUAGAAGAGCAGCAAAAUACUUCUUAUGCUGCUGACCUUGUGUUGCAGCCUCCAGAAAGCGAGGAGGGUAAUGCGUUACAUGAUUACUGUGCCUCACUAUCAGAGCUGCACGAAAAAACUCUUGUCGAAAACCACGUGUUGCAGCAUACUGACAAUAAUGGUCAUUCAUUGCAUGGUGAAUAUACUUUAGGAGCUGAGCUACAAAGAAAUUUUCAUGUCUCUAACCAUGUGGUCCACACGACGGAAGCUUUAUUUAGCGAAGAUAGGCAUUUUUUACUGAAUGAGCGAACCGUAGCACCAGAGCAACAAAAUAAUCCUCAUAUUGCUGAAAACAUGGUACAAUUUAAGCCUGAUUUGAGUGACCGGGACGAGAACUCUUUCGGAGCAGAAUCGGAAAUUACUCUCCCGGUCCUCCAGGUGAAGGAGGAAUAUAUCGAUCACCCGAUCGAUACCGUGCGGGUCGAUUCAUUACACAGUCACAACGAUAUCAAAGACGAGCCCUUGUCGUUUUCGUUUGAGUUUAAAAGCUUCCCUGAGAGAGAUAUUAUUACUUAUGAUUCGGACAACACUAAAGCGCAGAAUAAUGAUAUUACACCUGAUCACACAGAAAUUACAUCUGAGUGCAUACUUCCUGAUACCGUAAGUGAUGCCAUUCAGGAUGUGAUUGAUUCGCCCGUCAUCAAGCAGGAAACACAGUCGAGAACAAAUUACAUCAACCAUCGAAAGCUACUUUACGUGGCUCUGGUGGAUCUUUUCCCGGAUAAAAUCCGGAAGCGUGGAGGAGCCCAUACGAACAAUUUCCCCUGCUCUUGUACUUAUUGCAAGUUGCCUUUCAUCUGCAGGUACUGCCCCGUUACCUUUAAACGACAGGCUGACUUGAACCGGCAUAUCCUGACGCACACCUCCGAACGGCUUUUCGUCUGCAACGAAUGCCCGGCCGCCUUCAGACAACGAGGGCACCUCAACAGGCACUCCCUCACUCAUACCGGCGAAAAACCUCACCGCUGCAAGCUUUGCCCGUACGCGUUCAGCCAGGGUGCUUCACUGACGAGACACAUGCAAACUCAUCGCGGAGAGAACCCCUUCACCUGCAACCAGUGCUCCUCCUCUUUCAACCGAGCGGACAUCUUGAAGUAUCACCAGGCGCUCCACACUAACGGGAAGCUUUUCACGUGCAACGAUUGCUCCUUUACAAUCAAUCGGAAGGUGAACUUGAGAAAGCACAUGAAAGUCCAUCAUGGCCAACAACCGAGCGGCUUGGACAAAAACUCGCAUCAUGACCAAAAACCACACAGUUGCAACACCAAUCAUGAUCCACCAUCAAAUCAUGAUCAAAAACCACACAGUUGCAACACCAAGUCUCCUCGUGACCAAAACCCCCGCAUUUCCAACAUGAAAGACACGAAAACAAUGAAUUCUCGCAAACCCUACAGUUGUGACUUAUGCUACGCGUCCUUUAAGAACGAGUCCCUUCUGAAGAGACACUCCGAGACGCACAACAACGAGAAACCCUUCUUCUGUACCUCCUGUCCCGCCUCUUUUAAGAGGAAAGGCGAUCUGGUGUACCACGCAAGGAUACAUACUGGCGAGAAACCUUACCGUUGCGACCAGUGUUCCGCCUCCUUCAACCGGAGCAGCAACCUCCAGUCCCACAUCCGUUUGCACAGUGGCAAGAAGCCUUUCAGCUGCGGGCACUGUUCCGCCUCCUUCAGCAUCAAGCAUACUCUCGAGCGACACUUGCUCAGCCACACCGGGGAGAAGCCGUUCCGUUGCCAGGAGUGCUCCGCCGCCUUCGGGAGGCGCUGGAGUCUAACGCAGCACAUGCGCAUUCACACCACGGGCAGGAGGCCGUUCGUCUGUCAACAGUGCUCGGCCGCCUUCUCGGAGAAGACGAACCUGCGGGGGCACAUGAGGGUGCAUGCGGGGAAGAAGGAACAUCAGUGCGACCGCUGCUCCGCCUCCUUCAGCAGGGUGUGCCACCUGGAGAUGCACGCGGCCGUGCACAGUGGGAAAUCGUCGUUCGCUUGCGACUUUUGUUGUGAAACGUUCGUGCUCAAGGCCAAUCUCCGAAGGCACAUUAAGAUCCACGUCGGCAUGGAGCCGUUCAAGUGCGACGUUUGCUCCGUUGGCUUCUGGAAAGAAUCGCUGCUGGAGAAGCAUUAUUCGAGCCAUGGUGGCUAGGACCAAGACUGGACGGGGUUCAUCAGGAGCCGAAAAAUUCAAGGAAAUCUGUGCCGGAAACUGGGGCUCUCUUCUUCUACCGCUUAGAGACCAUUACGUUUUCGAAUAUUUAAGCAAUUUUAAGUACCUAUUUGUUAUUGAGGUUAAUCUUUAUUGCACUUAACCCGCCAUUAUUACCCUUUUUAAAUGUUUGAUUCUUUAAAUCAUCAUCAUGAAGUUUUGAUUGACAAGAUAAUGUAAAUAUCAGGAACGCUUUAAAAUUUAAAAUUUGAAAACGCGGCAAAGAAUCGAUUAAAAAUCGAUUUUCUGAAUUGCAUAAUUUUCCCCAAAAAAUUCCUGGGGAAAUGAGAGCAAACACAGGUUUCUCUUUUGGAUAUGAGCACCUGAAAAUCAGGGGAAAAACAGCUUUAAGCAGAAAACGAGCUUGAUCAAACCAAAGUGGAAAUACAUCUAUGGCUUAAGUGCAAAGCCACGUAUCUCCGUUUGUAACGUAGCGGACUUCCCGUCAUAUUUGAUAUUUUCUUGGUAAUCUAGUUAAUGUAAUGUCUUGAAACCUUCCUAGAUUUUUCUUCUAUAUUCGCGGAAUGUUUAGUAUAAAUAUCAAGUAAUGAUAUUGCAUUUUAUGCUUCAAAAAAAUUAACUAGGAGCGGAUAUUUUAAAACACCAUAUUGGAGUUUCAUGGUUUUGCACUUCGGCCAUCAACAUGCAUCUCGGUUGCCAAGGCUUCUGGUACAAAAAUUAACUUCGUUUGUACGUUAGUAAAUUGUCAUGCAUGAAAUACACUUCAGCUAGUAUGGGGGAAAAGCCAUGCGCAGGAUCUUUCCUUCCUUCAAACACACAACUCUGGAUUAACCAAUUUGAUGAUCGCUAUUUGAUACACAAAUUGUUCAGGGGCUUCACCAAGCAUAGAGUAGAAAAUAUGUAAAAUUGAUCAAAACCUAAGAAAGUCAAUUGAAUAAUGAUAGUUCAGUAUGUGAGUCCGAGCAUUUUCACAAUAAGCACAAGAUCCUAUCUGCAGAGGCAGUGGAAAUUCGUCAAACUUUCAUUCUUCUACGAGCGAAAUUAAUAAAAUAUUCUCUUCAAUGUCCGUGUGAAUUUCUUUUUAGUGCCAGAAACAUGCAACGUUCCUCAACCAGCACAUCUAAGACAUCACCUUUCCUGACUAAACCCGGGAAAAAAAUUGCGAUCGAUAAGUUACCAAAACUGUGUGAAUAAAAAAUAAAACUUAAAAAUAGAGACCAUGACCAUGCGUACGUAUCAAUAUGUAUGUACGUGUACAUUUGUUUUUGUGCAAUCGUUUCAAAAACUCUUUUGACACCUUCUUGUUAUUAUCAACCAUAGUUUAUUAUUCUAAAUCUUUUCUGUUCUCUCUAACCGAAAAAAUCUUUGAUUCUACGUUAAAAAUAUUGCAGGUUUUAAUCACUAUACAGGGCGAUUCAAAAGUUCCGCCUCGCCAUCACCAGGCAUCACUCCUGUAACUUUGAACCGUUCCAAGAUAGAGACAAAGAAUUUUGUGAGUGUCCCUAGGUAAAAGGAAAUUACUUUUGGC